GUAACACGGGGGAAGGAAAACGUUGAAACACACCGGACAGGUUACCAACGGACUCUUGUCUGUUUAGGGUUUUUUUUUUCGUCCCUAAUCUUACCAAACAGUCAGUAUGAGGGAUGUUACGAGCUAUCUUAAAGAGCAGCAGAGCAAGGCCAGCUCUCCUGAACUGGAAGCGGAAUGGCACAAACUGGAUGAGUUGUAUAAUAAGAAACUAUGGCAUCAGUUGACGUUGCGAGUUCUGGACUUUGUACAGACACCUUACUUUGCUUCAGGAGAUGGGCUAGUCACACUUUAUGAAAACUUCAUAAGUGAAUUUGAACACAGAAUCAACCCAUUAUCCCUUGUGGAAAUUAUUCUUCAUGUCGUCAGACAAAUGACAGAUCCUAAUGUGGCCCUCACGUUUCUGGAGAAGACACAGGAAAAGGUGAAGAGCAGUGAUGAAGCCAUAAUUCUUUGUAAAACUGCAAUUGGUGCAUUGAAACUGAAUGUAGGAGAACUUCAGGUGACGAAGAAAAUAAUCGAAGAGGUGGAAGAAAUGCUGAACAGCCUUCCAGGUGUGACUACAGUUCAUGGACGUUUCUAUGACCUUUCUAGCAAGUACUAUCAGAUUGUUGGCAACCAUGCAUCAUAUUACAAGGAUGCACUACGUUUCCUAGGCUGCAUUAAUGCAACGGAAUUGCCAGUGCCUGAACAGCAGGAACGAGCAUUCACUCUUGGACUAGCUGGGCUUUUAGGUGAAGGAGUAUACAAUUUUGGAGAGCUACUUAUGCACCCAGUGUUGGAAUCAUUACGGACUACCGAUAAGCAGUGGUUAAUUGAUACACUGUAUGCAUUUAAUAGUGGUAAUGUGGAAAGAUUUCAAGCCUUGAAGUCCGCAUGGGGUCAGCAGCCUGAUCUUGCAGCUAAUGAAAAACUUCUAAUGCAGAAGAUACAGCUCCUUUGUCUCAUGGAGAUGACUUUUACACGUCCUGCCAACCACAGACAACUAACAUUUGAGGAAAUUGCUAGAAGUGCAAAUGUUCCUGUCAAUGAGGUAGAGCUGCUGGUAAUGAAGGCAUUAUCUGUUGGACUAAUCAAAGGAAGUAUUGAUGAAGUCGACUGUCGAGUGCACAUGACUUGGGUACAGCCGCGGGUCUUAGAUUUACAACAGAUCAAGGGAAUGAAGGAUCGGUUAGAUUUUUGGUGUGCCGAUGUGAAAAAUAUGGCUAUGCUAGUGGAGCACCAAGCCCAUGAUAUUCUGACUUAAUGGUUUUCUGUCCAAAUAAAGCUACUGUAGUAAAACAUU